AUGUUUGAUCUACCAAAUGCCAAGCGCGUCCGCCGCGAUGAGAUGCGUUCACCAGCAUCAUCUCGCUCGCCAUCACCAGCACCAAAUGACGCCGCCGCCCAGGAUGCAUACGCCCGCCUAGGAAAACUACUCAAUCUCGAUCAAUUGGAUACUCCACAGGAGACAACUAGCCAAGACAAUGAUCCCUCACAGCCUGCGGAGGAUGAGGAUGAAGAACAAGAAUUCGAGUUCCGGCUAUUCAGUGCCCCCGCCAAAUCAACGGAAGAUACCACCAAGCAGUCCGGAAAGGAUACAAAGGAGAAAAAUACAGAGGCCGCGACUACCCAGAAAUUGAGGAUUCGGCUGCAUUCACCUACACCGGGAUCUGGAGCUGGCACCGAGGGACGGUUUGUGAAAGCCUCCCGCGGGUGGGAUUAUUACUUCUCUACACCUUCACUCCAGGGCACAAGGAGCGGCGAAAUUACCACCGAAGACGAGAUCCGGAUAGCGGAAAAGAAGAAACAAUUCGAGGAUAUGGCCGUUAGCGGGCAGCACAUGCUGACAUGGGCGAACUCGCUAGUAUGGCCGGGCUGCCAUCUCCCCUGGCGAGUCAUCCAUCUCAAGCGACAUCAGACCAAACUGCCACGGCCAGCCAACAGUCUUCCGGUCUACGUGGUAGAGGGCGCACCCGUCUCGAAGAGUCCACUUACGCGCAAGAAGCCAGGCAAGAAGCGACGAGUGCAGCUGCGCAAGCGCGUUGCGGCCGCACAGGCUGCCAAGGAAAAUGAAGCGGAGAAGCGGACUCGGAAGAACCGCGAUAGGAAGCUCAAGCGCAGACAAAAGGCGAGAGAGCAGAAGGCUGCGGCGGCGGGUGUUAGCGUUGAAGAUAUCGCUAUGGCUGAUGGGGAUGAUCAUUCCUCUGGCGGGGAGGAAUGA